AGUUUGAAUUUCGGACUAUAGAAUGGUUUAAUUUUUGUACAUGAUAUUAUCGAACAAUUAAAAAUUCAGUUAUGCUUUAAAAUAAAAUACAUGUUCCUACCUACAUAAAAACCAAUCCGACGAAGCACAUAAUUUUGAGCCUAAUUUUAGUAUACGUACUUUUUAAAAUAAUCUUUUAGUGACAUAACCUAUUUAUACCAGUCCAGUGGUAAAGAAUGUCUGAAAGUAAAAACGAUAAUAUUAAGACUUCUAAAGAAGCAAAUGCAAAUAAUAGUGCCGAAAAUAAUAAUAUUGAGAAACACAAAGAGGAGCCUUGGGGUUAUGAUUUAUAUCCUGAAAGGAGAGGCACGUUCAAGCCUAAACUGGGCAAUGUCGUGUUGGGUAGGGAAGGUAAAGAAAAUAUUGAAAAAUUAAAAUGUGAGAAACAUGUUUAUGACUGCGUGAAGAAUAGUUCUAUAGUAAAAGUGAUGAUGGCUGCUUUAAAAAGCUCUGGUUGUCCUAUUGAUAUCCGAAGGCACAUAUCCUGUGAAGUUUGUGACUAUUCAGUUAGUGGAGGAUAUGAUCCAGAAUUAAAUCAAAUAGUAGUGUGCCAAAAUGUCUCCACCAGACAGGGUAUGGUGCAAGGUGUGUUGGCCCACGAAAUGAUUCAUAUGUUUGAUUAUUGCCGGAAUCAACUGGACUUCAAGAACAUGGAGCAUCUGGCCUGCACAGAGAUCAGAGCAGCUAAUCUAACACAUUGUUCAUUUACAAGCGCCUGGUCUCAGGGAGACGCAUCUUGGACAAAAAUUAAAAAGGCACACCAAGACUGUGUGAAAACUAAAGCACUGUAUUCAAUACUUGCUGUUAGACAGAUUGGAAAGAGGGAAGCUGUUGAUAUUAUUGAAAAAGUAUUUCCUAAAUGUUAUGCUGAUUUGGAGCCCAUUGGCAGGAGAAUAAGACGGAAUUCUGAUGAUAUGUUGAGGGCAUUCAAAGAAGCAGCAUAUUAUGGCUAUGAAUAGAGACAUAUAAAAGAAAAUAGAGGCAUAGGUAUAAAAGAAAAGAGAAGUGAUAAAAUUAAAGGGAUAUAUGUAGAUAUUGCAUAUAAUUAUGUAGAUAUUGUUUGUUAAUUUACCAUUUUAUUCAUAAAAAAAUAAAUCUCCUAUUCCACUUUGCAAUAUUACAAAUUUUACUGCAUAGGGUUGACAUGCUGUUGAUGUUUUUAUGAAUCAGGUUUAUCAAAUAUUUUCUUUAUUUUCUUUUGAAAUACUUACCUAUGUGAAAGUUAUUAGCUUUUAUUGUAGAUAGUGUACAUAUACUUGUUGUAGAAAUAAAUAAUACCCUUGUUUAAUGGUUUAAAA